AUGUCUCCGUGGAGAUUCACGCAUAUGUUCGCAUUAGUAAAUGACGAUAUCGUUGGCCAUUCAGGGGAAGGUGAACACGAUCCAGACUGGCCGGUCCAGGAAACAAAGAGCGAGGAUGACCCCUUCGACUCAGCAGCAUCAGACUUUGCUCCGCGGGGCACUUCAAAGUUCCAAGAGCGCAUCCGAAACAAGCUACCCAAACCCCUGGAACUGAGAUCCUCGCGCCAAAGGGCAAUCUUGGGUAAACUCUACGAUGCCUGUGCGACCGCCCUGAACGCGCGCGUCGGACGAAGCGACAAUGAAAGAUUCCUAGAGCAGUUUGGAUACGUUAUCGUCGCAUCGCAGUUGUUGAACGAACACAGUGCACCCUCGUAUACGUCAGCCGCAGACGUACUAUCCAACUCGAAUCCCGUUGACCUUCCAUCGCUUUCCACAACCUUUGGCGUGCAGGGUGCCGUUGUCACAGCAUCAACGUCCUUCUCAAUCGCUUGGCUGGUACACUGGAGUCGAUCUCGGACGGGGUCCGGAUUCAACCCUCGGAAAGUCGGUGUACUUCUGGUCCUUGUCCCAGUGCUUGGGGUUCUGUUCUAUGCUUUUGCCAGACGCCAGUGGCUCAAGUACCUGCGGCAUCAGGCUGUUGAUGCGGCUGUGGUAUUCAUAAGCAAUGCGCAGUCAUUCGAUUCCGCUGCUUCGGCAUCGGUCGUUUUCAUACAGGAGGUCGAGCUGGUCUCACGGGGUUAUCGCAUGGCCGAGAAUGCUGACCCCAGUACCAGAAGCACACCCUUGCCUCCUGUAAGUAGGCUUGAGGAUCAAGCGCAGACACGAAGAUGUCUGAGACUGCGUCGGACCGUGUCCGAGUGCUUCUACUCAAUGUUGAAGCGUUACCUACAGGCACAGCACGUAUUGCAGCCACUGACAGACAAUGACAAUCUCGCCAAGUACCACGACAUUUACGAUGUCUCGCUAGAAGAGCUUACCGAAGCUGAGACUGCCUUGGCUGAACGGGAAACAGAAGACCAAUACUCAUUGCGCGCUCUUCGCACCCUCUUUGGAAGGCUAUAUAACGUGAGAAAGAGCAUCCUUUGCUGUCUCCUAGCUCUGGGUGCCGAUGGUGGCGGAUCCGACAUCGUACGAUGGAGCACGGCUGUUGAGCAGAUGCGGGAUCUUACUCAAGUCACGGGAGCGAAUACCCGCAAGAUGACCAACAUUCUCAAUGAAGAUGACCGUGACAUGAUUCCUCCUUCGCCGCUGCCUACAGCCUCUCCUAACAGGGAGAAUCUCCGUGCUCAAUAUCGAAAGCUCAAUACGCUUACUCAAGGCAUUCGCGCACUUCACGCGAAAAUGCAUCUGAUCAGAGAGCUGUCCACUGCCUCAGAGCCUACCGACACGGAAGAACUCGAAGCAACUCUUCUUGCCCAAUACGAAUCAAUUGGAACGGAUAUCAGAGGCCUCCUUCAGGAAUGGGAGGCUGGCAAAGCUGCUCUGGUGAGCAGCAUCGACAAGCGAUCCUCGGUAGAUCAUAUGUCGCGCCCGCCCAGCGGGUUGAAGCUGCCAUUGUCGCCGACACCCAGCCUUGGUGGUGCCACCGCGGUUGAGGGAAGCCCAGCAGAUGCGCUCCGGGCGCUGAAUGGCGAUAUUAAGCCAGACCCGAGCAUUAUACAGAGUGUCGACGAAGAUGAGGAGAUAUUCGAAUCUGUAGUUCUCCCGUCCCGCAAUAAAAGGGCGUCUCUGACUAGGGAGGAGCGCAUUGCCCGUGUCAAAGAAGACCGGGCGAAACAGGCUGCUGCACGCGAACGAGCGGACGCGAACACCAGCAUGCUGAAAGAGCUUGAAAUGGUCAUCAAGCAACGACCUCGAACGACAGCGUCAAAGAGGGUCACCAGUAUCUAA